AUGCGCGCAUCAUCACCUUGUCUGCUCCUACUCUCAGGCGCAGUCCUGGCCCUGUCAGCCGCUGCCUCCACCACCACAGACACCAUUCCAAUCCUCAAGGCACCCGAGGCAUUCCAUGAACAACUUGUCCUCAAACCCCUCAACGACGGCAGUGUCUACAGUCACUUCCAAUUCACAACUCAUAUCGGGACCAUGAUGGACGAUGACCACUUUGACGGUGCCGCCUCGAAUCUUUUCAAGCAUUACAACUUGUUUCCUCGGUCAAUUGGCCAGAUUUUGCACAGCUUCGAGGUCGAGGAGCUACAUCUGACGUUCACGCAGGGACGGUGGCAGUACAGUGAUUGGGGUUACCCGCUCGCACCUUCGGCAGGCACCGGAGUGGAGCUUUGGGCAUGGUUGAACGACGACAAACGACAAACUGACGAACACUGGAAGGGACUGACCAACACAUUAUCAGGACUGUUCUGCGCAUCUCUCAACUUUAUCGACGAGACAAUCACGACCGAACCCAAGCUGUCGUUCAGGAAUGAAGGACUGUACAACACUCACUCUGUACCACCUACACACAACAACAACAACUCUACUAUCCCCAGGAGACUGCGCUACGGAUCACUGCCACACGAAAAUGUCUGCACAGAGAACUUGACGCCGUGGAUCAAGCUGUUACCCUGCAAGUCCAAGGCUGGAAUUGCUUCGCUCCUCAAGUCCCACAAGCUCUUUGAUACACGGUUCUACUCCAUGGCAGUCCAUGUCCGAUCAGUCUGCGAAGACGAGAAAUGCAGGAUCAGAAGUCUGGAACUGGUUCAAACCAUCACAGCAGUGUUUGAUGUCGCUAGACACGACGGGAGCUUUGAUUGGUCCCUCUCGGGAUUGUUUGAGCGCGAAAUCACUCAGAGCUGUCCCCUGGCGUCGACUUCCAAAGUCAUCGUGAACUUGCCUCAGACUGCGGACAUUGAGAACCAGUACUCGCUUGUUCCCCACCCACCCCAAGGCAUUCACUCAGAAGGUUCAGGAGAUAAGAAGCAGGAUAUUGCUGUCUACGAUCUUCAAAAGGUCCUUCCGGAAACUACUACGCCCUUCCAGCUUGCGUUGCAUUGGGAAGGCUCACGUCCGAAGUCAGCCCGCGCCAUCACCCCAGGAAUUGUCGCCCAUCGUUAUUUUACUGGAUUCGGACAGGAGCGUGGAGGAUUGGCUAUUGAGAUCCGCAACAACAACUCGCAGGAUAUCGAAGCUGUCUACCUGGAUACCUUGCCCUGGUACCUUAAACUGUACCUGCACACCUUUAAUAUUCAGCUGAACGGCAAGAGUUUGGACAACCAACGAGACCUUGUGCAAAAGAUGUUCUAUCAGCCAGCAGUUGACAGAUCCCGCCCCGCAGUCCUGGAAAUGGCUCUCAGACUCCCCGCAAACUCGUUGGUCAAGUUCACCGUAUCCUUCGACAAGGUCUUUUUGAAGUAUACCGAGCACCGACCAGAUGCGAACCGAGGCUUCGAUGUAGGCUACGCAGUCAUCACGGCCCAACUUCCGCGAGAACAAGGACAAAUUGGGUAUGGCGGUUUAGACCAUUUGAGGAUAUACCAGGAGCGUGAGGCAGGUCUUGUUCAGGGUCGCCGUAGCGGUAACCGGGAAGAGGAGGAAAAGGAAGGAGAGACGGACAAGAUGAGGGUGUACACGGACACGUUGCUUGUGAGUCUUCCCACUCCAGAUUUCUCGAUGCCUUACAAUGUGAUUACGAUGACCUGUACAGUCAUCUCGCUAUUCUUUGGGUCAGUCUUUAACCUAAUGAUGCGGAACUUUGAGGUCGUUAAGCCUGCGCCCAAGAAGAGUGGAAAGGGUAAAGAGAAGGCCGAGAAAACCGAGUGA